CGACCGUCCCAGCCCACAAAACAUCAUGAAAUUUGCUCCGCUCGCCCUCCUCGCAGCUCUCCCAUCCCUCGUAUCCGCCAUAGUCCCACCAGGCGCAAGCACACCCCUCUUCUACCUCGUCUCUUCAAGCUCCACCUCUUCCGCCAACCUCCUCCCCGUCCACCUAGACGGCACCCUCUCCCCCUCCUCCUCCUCCUCUCCCCCAGCCCAAUUCUACUUCUCCCAAGGCUCCCUCUACGCCCUAUCCUCCCCCACCUCCUCCCCACCUUACCGCGUCCUCCUCUCCCUUUCUCCUAUUAGCACAGGCUGCACAACCUACGGAGGCCUAGGCUUCGUCCAAGGCAGCAGCUCCAAUAAAUGCGCUUCGUAUUCUGGGUUCCAGAUCCAGAGUAAUACUCAGAAUAGUCAGUUGGGCGCACAGUUGGUUGUUAAUUUCCAGGGGGGGUUUUAUGAAUGUUCUGGGAGUACUGUUGUGUAUAAGGUUAACCCUGGAGAUGGACCGUCAGGGUGUACACCUGUUUCGCUGUACACUGUCCCUGUUGUGUAAAUCGAGUUCGGAUUGGGGCUCGCGGGGGAGGUCAAGUCAAGGACGGUGGUCGGAAACAUUUUGUGGGAAGGGGAUCAUAUUGAAGGUCGGACUUGUCUUUUUAGUGCAUAGAAAUUCCUCUAUCAUGGACAUGUUAUAUUCUUGAGUUUGGAUGGACGUAGAGCGCUAUCCGGCUAGUGUGGUAGCUGUAUGUAAUUAAUCAAUGGCGACCUCAGGCUCGUCCG